AUGCCAGAGCACACUGAGGCGCAGGAGAUGAGGCUGGAUCGUCAUCGCAAGUUGCAGAACGGUAUGGAGCUCAUUCUCGGAAAGUUAAAACACAACGCUAAGGGCAUCACUGCAGAAGAUGCUCGGAGCCUUGCUGACAACGCCGAAGAUGGCGACGAGUGGGCAGCCAGCAUCGUCACUGCCGUCGAAGACGUCGCUGCUCGCAACGAAGCAGAGGGUGUUACUGUGGAUGACGAUCAUUCCCGAUCCACUGAUCACACUUCGCAAUCUGCCCUCAAUGUGUCUCAAAAUGUUAUACAGAGAUUGCGCAGUGAUCCGAGCAGCAUCACUGAGGAGGAUGCUCGCCGUUUUUCGGAGAACGUCAAAGCCAGGGAUGCAAGCUCUGCACGUCUGGUCUCUGCAGUAGAGUCUCUCGCCGCUGCCCACAACGACAUCUACGGUCAGCGUAUCAGCCUUGGACAGAUCCCCCACCCUUCCCUCCUUACAGUCGUCAAGGACCUUUACGCUGCUGUGGAGACCAACCCCGAGGAUAUCAACAUGGAGAUUCUCAGGACUACACAGAGCAUCGUCAGCAAGAUGCAGAAAGCCAUCGGCCAUACCAACGCGCCGCAUCCAGAACUCGAGGCUGAACUUCAGCAAGAGUACGCUAAGAUUGUACCUAAGGUCGAGCGUGGCAUCGUCACCAAGGCUGAGGCCGACCACUUGCACUCUCUGGAGGCUCGCGCCCACGGCCACACAGAAAGAGGUGGCUUGACGGCUAUAGCUCAGUCUGUAGCUGCCAGACAUGAGCGACGGGGCUCCGUCAGCAGCAGCACAGGCAACGUCCGAUCUCGUGCCAGUAGCCGGACUUUCAUGCCCCACGAGCAGCCCUAUUACGACACAGAGGUCAAUCCUUCCAAGGUUGAGGCCGAAGAGCCAAGAACCCAGAACAGUGCUGGCACGCGAUUCGAGGCAGACGAUUUAGGUCUGGGAAAGCUUUGCUCUUCUAGGGAAGGGGCUAUUGCCGCUGCGGCGCAAUCAAUUACCUCGACGAGGCGACUUCAGUCACUCAGCGAUUCGACCAAUACCACUCGUGCCUCGAUCGAAGAUCUUCGCAAGCACUCGUCAAUGACUUCCAAGCUGGCUGGCCUCUCCGUGCAUGACGAGGAGGAUGGCAUCAGCAGGUACGACAUCACCUUCCCUAAGCUUCAAAGUCCUGGCUCUGGCGACAAGCGCGGCAGUGGCUCUGAGAACAUGCUUCGUGCCCACAAGCGUGAGAACGGCGAAUCAGCUAUCUGA